GCUAAAGAUUGGUUACCAAGGAAGUUGAAGGGGAUGCUUCCGGAAGAAGUCUUCAAUCCAAAUCAGAAUCAGAUAUCAAAUCUUCGUGGAGACAAGAUUCUAAUGAAAAAGGCAUGAAGCAGACUGUGGGGAGUGGGGGUAUUUUUAUCUAUUCUCCAACCAGAACACUUAAAGAAGUCAUGAGGGAUGAUCUUAAAGAAGAGUACAUUAGUUACAUGGCGGAGACACCUCGAGCCAUUGGAUCAGCAAAGGAAGAUAAUGACUGGGAUUUGUUGUUUGAGGAGAAAAUAAGGAAGAUAAUAAAAUUGUGGGAUGAAUGCAACAUUCCAUUGAUUCACAGGACCUACCUUUUCUUGCUCAUCCAAGGCGGUCCAUCUGAUUCCGUCUACAUCGAGAUUGAGCUCCGCCGACUAUCCUUCCUCCAGAAAGCAGUAGAUCACGCCUCAAGUAAAAACACAAGGGAAAUGGAUUUGGAGAGGGCGAUACUAAGCAGGAAACUACUGAGGAAAUACUCAGCAAAGGAAAGGGAAGGCCUUUUUCUACCAGACCACCUGCAGAAAGAAGCAUUCCAACACAUGAUUUUGAUCCUCUUGCCACUGCCACAUGCAAAGGAAUGGUUUUUUGCACAUUCCUUAUGUUCACAUCAACUCCAGCAUAAGGAAUAA